GCGGGGGCGAAUAUAGAAUGUAAACACAAUGACGGGAAUACUCCAAUCAUCAUCGCCUCGAUUAAUGGACACCAAGAGGUGGUGGAUCUAUUGAUUAAAGCGGGGGCGAAUAUAGAAUGUAAACACAAUGGCGGGAAUACUCCAAUCAUCAUCGCCUCGAUUAAUGGAUACCAAGAGGUGGUGGAUCUAUUGAUUAAAGCGGGGGCGAAUAUAGAAUGUAAAAGCAUUAGCGGGAAUACUCCAAUCAUCAUCGCCUCGAUUAAUGGACACCAAGAGGUGGUGGAUCUAUUGAUUAAAGCGGGGGCGAAUAUAGAACAUACCAACAAUGAGGGAAGAACUCCGUUUGGUUGUGUUUCGAUUGAAGGACACAAAGAGGUGGUGGAUCUAUUGAUUAAAGCGGGGGCGAAUAUAGAAUGUAAAGACAAUGACGGAGAUACUCCAAUCAUCAUCGCCUCGAUUAAAGGACACCAAGAGGUGGUGGAUCUAUUGAUUAAAGCGGGGGCGAAUAUAGAAUGUAAACACAAUGGUGGGAAUACUCCAAUCAUCAUCGCCUCGACUAAUCGACACCAAGAGGUGGUGGAUCUAUUGAUUAAAGCGGGGGCGAAUAUAGAAUGUAAAGACAAUGACGGGAAUACUCCAAUCAUCAUCGCCUCGAUUAAUGGACACCAAGAGGUGGUGGAUCUAUUGAUUAAAGCGGGGGCGAAUAUAGAAUGUAAAGACAAUGACGGGAAUACUCCAAUCAUCAUCGCCUCGAUUAAUGGACACCAAGAGGUGGUGGAUCUAUUGAUUAAAGCGGGGGCGAAUAUAGAAUGUAAAGACAAUUGCAGGAAUACUCCAAUCAUCAUCGCCUCGAUUAAUGGAUACAAAGAGGUGGUGGAUCUUUUGAUUAAAGCGGGGGCGAAUAUAGAAUGUAAAGGCAAUGGCGGGAAUACUCCAAUCAUCAACGCCUCGAUUAAAGGACACCAAGAGGUGGUGGAUCUAUUGAUUAAAGCGGGGGCGGAUAUAGCAUGUAAAGACAAUGGCGGGAAUACUCCAAUCAUCAUCGCCUCGAUUAAUGGACACCAAGAGGUGGUGGAUCUAUUGAUUAAAGCGGGGGCGAAUAUAGAAUGUAAAGACAAUGGCGGGAAUACUCCAAUCAUCAUCGCCUCGAUUAAUGGACACCAAGAGGUGGUGGAUCUAUUGAUUAAAGCGGGGGCGAAUAUAGAAUGUAAAGACAAUGGCGGGAAUACUCCAAUCAUCAUCGCCUCGAUUAAAGGACACCAAGAGGUGGUGGAUCUAUUGAUUAAAGCGGGGGCGAAUAUAAAAUGUAAAGACAAUGGCGGGAAUACUCCAAUCAUCAAUGCCUCGAUAAAAGGACACCAAGAGGUGGUGGAUCUAUUGAUUAAAGCGGGGGCGAAUAUAGAAUGUAAAGACAAUGGCGGGAAUACUCCAAUCAUCAUCGCCUCGAUUAAAGGACACCAAGAGGUGGUGGAUCUAUUGAUUAAAGCGGGGGCGAAUAUAAAAUGUAAAGACAAUGGCGGGAAUACUCCAAUCAUCAUCGCCUCGAUUAAUGGACACCAAGAGGUGGUUGAUCUAUUGAUUAAAGCGGGGGCGAAUAUAGAAUGUAAAGGCAAUGGCGGGAAUACUCCAAUCAUCAUCGCCUCGAUUAAUGGACACCAAGAGGUGGUGGAUCUAUUGAUUAAAGCGGGGGCGAAUAUAGAAUGUAAAGACAAUGGCGGGAAUACUCCAAUCAUCAUCGCCUCGACUAAUGGACACCAAGAGGUGGUGGAUCUAUUGAUUAAAGCGGGGGCGAAUAUAGAAUGUAAAGGCAAUGGCGGGAAUACUCCAAUCAUCUUCGCCUCGACUAAUGGACACCAAGAGGUGGUGGAUCUAUUGAUUAAAGCGGGGGCGAAUAUAGAAUGUAAAAACAUUAGCGGGAAUACUCCAAUCAUCAUCGCCUCGACUAAUGGACACCAAGAGGUGGUGGAUCUAUUGAUUAAAGCGGGGGCGAAUAUAGAAUGUAAAGACAAGGACGGGGCUACUCCAAUCAUCAUCGCCUCGACUGAAGGACAUAAGGAUGUGGUGGAUCUAUUAGUUAAAGCGGAUGCAAUUAUUGAAGUCAGUAACUAUGAAAACGACACUCCGAUAGUUUGCGCAGCUAAAUGGGGUAAUGUUGAAAUUGUUGACGUUUUGUUGAAAGAAGGUGCUUGUUCCAGAAGUUCUAGUUAUGGAUCGCUAUUAAAUAUUGGUGCAACGUUUGGUCGACGACGGGUCGUUGAAUAUAUUUUGAGACGCGGGAUGUCAUUAGAAAUCCGUGACUUGAAAGGAAACACCCCACUUCAAAAUGCAAUCAUAAAGGGUCAUCUCUCAGUGGUCCAACUCCUAAUAAGGAGUGGAGCAGAUACAUCCACAUCAAACUCUUCGUCGGAGAGUAUUAUAUAUUCUGCUGCUUCGUGUGGCCAUGCCGAUAUGGUGAAAUACUUGGGAAGCAGUGAUGCACGGAAGUUAUUGGAUUUGCCCAAUGCCAGUGGAUGGUCGCCUAUUGCCAAGGCAGUUUCAGGUGGUCAUUUUCGGACAGUUAGACAACUUCAUCAGCUUGGAGCUGACAUGAACUGCAGCGUAAAUGGAAAAGGACUGCUUCAUCUAGCAGCUGAGUCCGGUUGCCUAGAUAUCUAUCAAUAUCUUAUCAUCGCUGGGCUUGACUGCAAACGACCCAACAUCCAUGGAUUGAAGGCUUAUGAAUGCUUCCCCUUUCAAUCAAAACUUAAUUAUCAAGCAAGCAACCGAUUAGGACAUUCCUCCGAACAAAGUCUCUCUUACGUCAUGUCGCGAUUAAAUGAACAAUAUGCUACACCCGCGUAUAGAUACAAACUUUCAGAACUAUCGUGUGUACUGGGACUAGGCAGCGUGAAUAUCAUCGAGGGUGGUGUUUCAGAAACUAUCAUGGGGUUUGUAAGGGAGAAGGAGGUUGUUAAGGGUUUAGAGUUAUGCGGAAGUUCGGCUGAAGGCACGAAGGUUCAGCUGCCUGAUGAAAUGGACUUCCUUAGAUUGGUACAUCCAACUCAAUAUAAUCUCUCUCGAAACGAAAUGGUUGACAACUUACAUGGAUAUAAGUAUAUAAGAACUAGAAAAAUUAAGAACAGGUUUUUAUCAAGUAAAGCACUCCAUGAGAUUCAAAGCCAAAACCUAGAAUCUAGCACAAAAGCCCAAGAGUCUAAAAAAAGCGGAGAAAUCCUUUUGCAGGCAGUUGCUGGAGGAGGCGGUGCCAGUGUUCCUGUGACUAUCAGAUGGCCCGAUGAUAAACCUUUAAAACGCAUUGUCUCAGAUCAUAUAGUAACAACCUUACCAGUAGAUGAUUGGCCUGAUGAUUGGCAAGAUGAUUGGUCCAAUUAUGCACUACAGAAAGGAGAAUCUGAAAGUGAGGUAACGGCGGACGUUUGUGUUUAUCAACGGACCGGAUGCAUCUUAUCUCAAGUUGAUGCUAGAAGAGGAUUGGCCAGUGUUCCUGUGACUAUCAGAAGGCUUGAAAAUAUAUCAUCCAGUCUCCUUAUCUCUUUGGAUAUAGUACCGAUAUUUCAUGUUGAUGAUUGGCCAGACGAUGCUAUCAAGAAGACCUGGCGAAUGGACGAGGACACCUUGAGGAAGAGUGGGUAUAGGCUGGUCCUGAAACCGCCACACAAGGACAGUGAGUACGGACGGUUGCUACCCGAGGAAGACAGAGAAAGAAUGUUGCGGAUCUCCUUCUCUCAUCUAGAACCUGUCACAAUCGCACCUUUGGAUCCAAGAAUCAAAGACGCAUACAUCACAGCAAAGUGUCUGAGGUCACCUAUGGCAUGUGGCGUUGUGAUUAGAGACACGAACGGCGUCAUACAUUUCGUCAGUCACUUCCUUACAAGCUACCUCCUGAAGACAGUCUUCCUCCAUAACAUAGACGACUUCCUUGAGACAAACAGGAGCCUGCCAGAGAUGGUCUACAUCAUCUACAGCCAACUUGAGGAUUACCUCGGCAAGGGCAACCUACCGUUCUACUGGCAGCCCAGCGUCAAUCUGCUGGAAGGCUUGAAACUCAACAUAGCCAAGUCUCAUCAAGUCGCCAAGUUGAUGAAGGCAAUCGUUGGUAGGAUGUCCCGCCUGGAGCGUGGUGAUGAGAACCAUGGUGACGACGCGAGGGAAGAUGGGCCAAGCAUUGAAGCCGCUGAUGACGAGCCUGACAUAGGUUGUUACAUCGUCAGAUUAGAAUAGCGAGCAAGUAAUCUUCACCCCGAUGAACACUUUGUAUGCGAGACGGAUGCUCCGGUGUAACCACAUCUAUGGUUAUUCCCUGACCUCACCCGGCCCCGCCAGUUCAAACCACGAGAGUGCAUGUGUACGAGUUGGGCCGACGCGACAGGCGCAGCGGUCGGAGAGAGUCUCUGGCAGGGUAUCUCGGACUUUGGUUCGAAAUUCUAAAAUACCUUGGUACCGUAAAGUCAACUUUUAAAUGAAAAAUGCAUAAGCCUCGUUCUGAGAGUGGAGUGUUUUGGACACGCAACCAAGAUGCUCUACCAAAGUUCCCUCGGGUUGCACUAAAAUGUGGAACCAUGCACACAGCUCACUUCAGAAGUUUGAGGCUCUCAAAACACUGCUUCAAACACAAAUCAGCCAAGGAAGCAUCAACCACCCUAAGUUUUUUAAUGAGCACUACACAUAUUUGCCGAGAAAAACGCUCCAAAUAGCCCAUUUGCGCGGAUUUUAGCGUCACUUGAGCGAGCCGAUCCGGACUUCCUAUAGGCGCUGCCGUAACAUAAUGUAAACAACGGCGCUACCGGCGCUCCGGGCAGGCGAUGGAUGGAAUUUGCCAAAUUCGCACAUAUUCAAGUUAUUUCGUGGCCUAUCUUUUUAAGUUUGAGGUAUUUUAGAAUAGAAAUUGAACCCUCGGCUUCGGACCUUGGUUGAGUUACCAAGACACUCUCGGGUGGAGCUAAAAUUUCGUCCAAACCCUCGCCUGUCGGCUCGGGUUUGGACUGUAUUUUAGCUCCACCCUCGAGUGUCUUGGUAACUCAACCAAGGUCCUCCGCCUCGGGUUCAAUUCCUUAAUCGAAAGCCUCAAGUGCGUCAGGACCUUCAAAGCCAAGUGGUAGGGAAUUCGUUCUCGAAAUCAGUGACACCGGGCUCAAAAUAGCUGCUAUGUUGACUUUGAGAGAGAGAAUGGUGAGGGAUCGUGUGGUGUACAAAGGAAAACAAGCACGACCGUAACAUUUUAGAAAACUUCUGAAAUUAUUCAGACCCCCUCCACCUCUUACAACUCUCCGUUAUUCAGAGAUGAAAUUGCAAAACUGUAGACUUUCCGAGGUUGGGGACACAUCACGGAGAUGAUAUACCAAAUGUUCACCACUUCUGAAAAAAAGUAUCAGAACUUUCAGAUUUUGGUAAAAAAUGCACCCCCUAAUUUUCGAUGAUUUCUGAAGUUUAACAAUCUAUUUUUUACUUUUAACUAUGAAAUUAAUACAAAGGCGACACAUUGGCAUUGUUCAUCUCGAUUGAGUUGAAUGUUGGAUGGCAUCCAACGACAAUGCGUAUAUUAUCUACAUGGGGCUUGGCUUACAUAUCCAGACACUCUCAGAUCGGUAUUAUGACAUAGGAAGUUGGAUGUUGCACUCAAUUCCUUUCAUAGUACUUAUGAGUUACUUACACCCUUUGAUAUGCUGACUGCAUGGGUGAACAAAGGUAUGGACUGGUAUAUCUUGUAUUGACAUGUUAACUUGUAUUGAUAUUGUAAUUGCAUGAGGUAGGGUAGCUACCUUAUAACCUUGAUAUCCUUAUGUAUUGAAUUGUAUAAAUUGUAUUGUCAUGUAUUUACAUGUAUAAACUUGUAUCGACUUAUAUUGUAUUAUGUUCGGUGUAACUUUUUAUAAUUAUAUGUGUCACAAUAUUAUAUGGUAGAAGUCAGAAGGCCUAGAGAUUGCAAGCUAUUUGAAGCCAGUCUAUUACUAUCAUAACAUUGUAUUGCAAGAGAGUCACAUUCAUUAUUUCCUAUAUUUUGUGAGUAACAUUUAAGAGUGUGAAGCCUGGUAGGCCCUGUCACAAGUUCUAAAUGAUCAAGUGAUUACGGUUUUAUAUACGCUUGUAAUGACUCUCAUUACAGAAUGACUGCAAACUUGUGGAUGGAUAUAGAUUGAAUACUCGUUAAGGUGAUGCUAUAUAGUGCCUCCAUGUUGCCAGUCAACAAGAAUUCAUCCAAAAUAUCCACAAACUGGUAAAAGUGUUACUCGGAGAACAUAAUAGUUUGCGUUGCGUCCGAACAACAUGUUAUAUGACAAAGACAAGCAAGUGCUUUUACUUCAAUUUUGUGCAGAAAGCUUUGUGUACAUGUACAGUACAUAUAGCGUUUUAGAUAAAAUCACCCGCCAGUCUCUUUCAUAUGAGCCAUUAUCUUGUCCUAUUUGUUGGUGUUUGAAUCCGGUGUUCCUAAUACAUUAACAUAAUAAAGAGUGACUAUAUAGUUUCACCUUAAGGGUUGACAAUAGGUACCGCCAUUUUGUCGAGUCCUCCAAAUCCUAAAGCCUUUAGAGCUCUUUCAAAACAUAGUGAAAGCUCAUUUCAAGGGCUGGAGUCUGUUUAUUGCUUUCCAGAGAACAGCCUCCAGGGUUUUAAAUGAGCAUUCACUACAUUUUGAAGGUGUUCUAAUCGCUUUUUGAUUGCAAUUUCUAGCCAAAAUGGCGGUACCUAUAGUCAACCCUUAAUCUUAGUGCACCUUCAGCUUUCCAACAAUUGUUUGGGUGUCUUUUUAGACUUCAAACUAUUUUGAGUUUCUCUCUAACGUUGUUUAAGCCAACUCGCUGGUCUUAAUGACUGAUCAUAAAAUUCAGUUUUAUUUAAGCUACAUGUGUGUAUCUUUUCCCAAUAUAUGUACCGUUUAGAUAUUCGCUGCAGUGGCGAUUUUUACGUGACCAUAAUGAGACCGUAGAAGGUUAUUCUAACGUGAAUUAUUUUGGCCGAUACGCGAAUUUGUUAUGAAAGAUAAUUAUUUAAUGAAGGUUGAAAAGAUUUUAUGGCGGUAAAGGCUGGGUAAUGACUGGUAAUGUAGUGAGUGGGUUAACGUGACAAAACAACUGCGACUUGAUCACUCAUUGCAACCAUUCCAGCGAAGUGUCCUUGCGAACCAUAUGCAAGUUAUUGUAAACAUUUUCAGUGAGAUUUUGAUUUUUGAAGGCCCAGGUGUCCUUGGUCGAAGUUGCUCAAUGCAAAUCUCCUUUGAUUCAGAGUUUCCUAAUGAGAAUUUCAUCAUGGCAUGUGUAAAAAUAGGGAGUCGCUGUGAAUGGUUGAUUUUGGGUUGUAAACAAUGGUUUUUGUGCCAAACAGGUGGGUUUUGGGUGGAAAGAUUUGUUAGGAUACAAAUCCGGUGUUUUAAAAACUUGAAAGUGGCAAGAGUGGUUUUAUUAAAGUGGUUUGGUGUUAUUAGAUUUACCUUAGUAAAAUUUCAGUUCGAGAUAAGACCACCAUUGAAUAUUCAUAGGUUGCAGUAUUCAGACCUAUCAACGAGAAGCUUUUCCGAUUAUCUUUAAAAAUCCGCGGUCAACGACCACUUUAAUUUCCACAAGUUUGUCGCCAGACUGUCCGAAAUAUCAUAUCCACAUCUAAGAUUCAAUUCUUCCCGCAGUAAUUGGUGCGACGUGGGCAAACUUUGGCAAAUGAACUGAUGAAAGUCUUUAACAAAUCAAUGGUGGUUUUGCCUCGUUGGACGAACGAGUCCUUCAGUUCUCACCCCCUAUUCUAGUAGGCGCUGUCUACCCGUCUCAACACUUGCGACAGGCGAGACUUAAAAAAAGCAAGUCCUGGCUUUACUGUGUGUUUCUGAACCGGAGUCCGUUGCGAUUAUAUUUUAUAGUUCGGCUAAUUCAAGGCAUUAUAUGUGUACAUGUAAUCAUGUGCAAUUUCGCAAAUCAUUUUGAUUACAGUUCAGUAAUGCACAGAUAGGGGGAGAUAUUGCUUGUAAAUGGAAUGUUCAUAAAAUUCGUGUCCGUCUUCAAGCAAUAAGACUCGAAAUAUGGUUAGACACUUUAUGUCAUUCGGUACAGAUUCAUCCUAACCGGUGUAGAAGUAGAAAAUGUCCGAGGGAAAAACCAUCCACCCUAUUGUAUUUUGUCAGAUUAUGACAUUAUGGUUCUUUCGGUGACAUUACCGUCAAUAGGUCAGAGAUUAAAGAGCAUAAUAGAAUCCAUGCUCCCCCGGAAAUUCUAUCCUGGGACAUUUCAAACUUCUACACCGGACUCAUUGAAAACACUCACAUUUCCAUAUGAGGGCGGGGGGGGGGGGUCGUCUCAGAUGUUUCUAUCUCUUUGAUACUCUCUGUAGUCAAUGUGAGCCUUAGAGGCAGCACGUACUUGGAUAUCACUAUGUAUGUUUAUUGUUGCUUUUGCACUGUUUAGUUUAGUUAUCAUGCUGUUUGUAUUCUUAACAUGAGGGACAGGAUUUGCAACACUUACGAAGUGUACUAAGUAUGUAACCAUUAUGAUAGAUGUAUUUUAUCGACGACUGUCUUUGAUGAGUUCGCUGAGUCCUUGUACUACUAAGUGUGAAAGCCUAUUUACAAGUGUCCCGUAAAUGGAUUCGCCCAGGACUUGAUGAUACUACGUACAGACAUUCGUACCUCGUACUAUGUUGCUCAUAAAGAUUGCGAAACCUCCCUAUUAUUUCAA